UAUUUUUGAAUAUGCUCCUGUUGUUGGAAUUUUUGUGUGUCUCUUUAAGAAAAGGAAACUAGAGUAACUAUCCGCCCACAGGGUAAAAAAAUCCACCCCAUCGUGAAACUGAAAGUAAUAAGGUAUGAGCGGGAGGAAAAUGGCUCACAGUCCGGAACUGUUGGAUUGCUCUAUUUGUUUACAGCUACUGGACGAACCUGUGACUACUGCCUGCGGACACAGCUACUGUAUGAAAUGUAUAAAUACUUUCUGGGACACAAAACCAAACCUCGAAGAAAAAUACAGCUGCCCUGAGUGCCGGACAACUUUCAGCCCAAAACCUGUUCUCCACAGGAACACGGUGCUGGCCUAUGUGUUGGAGGAGCAUAAGAGGAAAAUCAGUCCAAGUGCUGCUGCUGCUGAUGAUGAAGAUGAUGAUGCUGCUUCACCAGGAGAGGUGCCAUGUGAUUCCUGCACUGAGAGAAAAAGAAAAGCUGAGAUGUAUUGUCUCAUGUGUCUGGCGUCCUUCUGUGAGACACAUCUGCAGCCUCAUUUCCAAGUGCCUGUGCUGAAGAGGCACAAGCUGAUUCAGGCCUCUACGAGAAUCCGAGAGGGUAUCUGCUCCCUCCACGACAGACGUUUUGAGAUUUACUGUCGCACUGAUGAGCAGCUGGUGUGUCCACUUUGCGUGGUGGAGCACAAGAACCACGACAUUGUGGAAAUCACAACAGAGGUCAACGCAAAACAGGAUCAGCUGGAAAGGGCCCGACAGGAAAUAGCAGGUAGAGUUCUGGUUUCCCAGCAAAAAAUGGAACAGCUCAAGGAAGCGGCGAAGUCUAUUAGAGAUGCUGCUUGGGAGGCGAGUGACAACUUUGAGGAGCAGUGCACCGAACAUCUACGUUUAUAUGUCCACUCUCUGGAAAAGAAAUGUACUGAGAUGAGAGACAAAGUUGAGGAGGUGGAGAAAGCUGGAGUGGACUGGACUAGAAAUCACAUAGGACGACUGGAGCGUGAAAUCCAUAACCUUAAGGGACUGGGCCAUAAUCUCUGCCAGCUUGCCCAAACUGAUGAUCCCAUUCAAUUUAUUAAGGAUUUCCAGUCGCUCGGUGACCUCCAUGUGCUUCCAGGCUCAGAUGAAGGACCGUUGCCUCUGACGAAGUUGGUUUCAGGAAAAAAAGACCAAUUGAAAAACAUGUGUGACAAGCAGAGAGUUCAAUUAUUUGGCCAUUUUAAAGAUUAUACAAUGUUGAAUAUUCUCAGGAAGCCUUACAUCGAAUCAACAUCGAGAAAAGACAUGUUGAUGAAGAGCACAUAUAUCGUCCCAGAGCUGGAUCCCAACACAGUGCAUGCAUGUCUUUACAUGACAAACACCAAGAGGGAGCUAUCGUGGGGAAUAACGGGCCAGGCUCAUCCAGAUCACCCUGACAGAUUCACUGGCUUUUACCAAUCGAUGUGCCAAAACGGCCUUCAAGAAAACCACUACUGGGAGGUGGAGUGGGACGGCGGCAUCGUCGAAGUGGCUGUGUCAUAUAAAGGCAUACAAAGGAAAGGGCAGAGUAAAGACUGCUGCUUCGGCCACAACAAGCUCUCCUGGAAGAUGAUCUGCUCUCCUUCUGGUUGCACUUUUUGGCACAAUAAUCUUCACAAGGGUCUGAUUCCUCCGGCUCAGUCUCGCAGAGUCGGUGUGCACCUCAAGUAUACCGAAGGAAAGUUGAGUUUCUACAGCGUUUCAGGCUCUGGCAUGCUCACGCUGCUGCACCGAGUCCAGACAACCUUCACUGAACCUCUCUAUCCUGGGUUUACUGUGGAUUUAGGAGCAACACUGACAAUAUGCACCAUUUAGGUUCACCAACAUCACAGAACAAUACAUUCAAGAUUGACUGUGAUUAUUAUAUUUAAAAUGUAGGGUGAGUAGGGGGGGCUUGUUAAAACAACUGAGGUUUUAUGUAUGACAGAGCAACAUGUUGUUUUGUCAUGUUUCAGAGGUUUCAAUGAGGCAAAGAUUACUCUGUCAGGAUCCCCAGGAAUGUGAUUAAUUAAGUUAGCUCCCUGGGGAUCCUGCAGUCUAUUUAUGAUACACUCAUAUACUCUUCAUCCCUAUAUCCUUGUUUUGUCUUCUAUUUAGGUCUCUGUUCUGCAUUUAUGUUAAUUAUAUAUUCUGAUAAUUGUUUGAGUUUCUGUCUGGUUAGUUAUGUUCAUUAUUAUUUUAGCAGUUCUGUUAGAUCUUUAGUUUAUGCUUGCCUUUCUUUAGUUAGUUCAGCAUUUUUUUUUUUAUGAUGCAUUCUGAUUAUUAGUUUCAGUUCCUGUUAGCUACUAUUCUUUAUUUUGUUGUCUUGUUGGUUCUGCUCUUCCUUAGUUAGGCUACAUUCACACUGCAUUUUUCAAGCCCCCCCCCCCCAAAAAAAGAAAAGAAAAUCCGAUUCGCACCACUUCCAUAUGUGGUACUAAUCCAGACAUAUAGAUUUUUUUCCCGGAGCGUCUGAAGUCUGAACGGUCAUAUCUCAUUUUAUCUGUCUUUCAUCCGUCACUCUCCUGGCUCUCAUUACACAUCCACAAAGUAGUAGCAGUUAACACUCCAGAAAAGACCAUUAUUAAUAGCUGUGCUGCUUUCUUCUUACCUUAUUUCGUUUUGCUAUGAUGUGAUCUUAAUAUUUGCAGCUCUCAUCGCUCAACAGCUUUCUAAUAUGUCGGCCUGUAUCCACAUUUUUUCUCUCGAGUUUUUUUAAACAAAACUUUAUUGAACACUUCCAGAAACAAUUAUAUUCACCAUUACUUCCGAAAACUGGCCUGCUAUGUGAUGUCUCCUUCUGUUAUCUGCGCAUAAGGGUCGCUUUGUGGUCUUCAACCGUUAAGACAGAAGUCUGAUGGUAGUGUGAAUGUAGCGAUAUUUCCCCUUAUCUUAUUCCCUAUUAGAUUCACUUCUUCCUCUGCUCCUGUCAGUUCUCUGCCCUCCUUCCCCUCUGUUAAUUGGAUCUAACUCAUCCCCCGGCUCCCCUCCUAUAUCAGCCCAGCAUUUACACAUUGUCAGGUCAUUCCGUCUUCAUCUGUGAUGCUACUCUGUUCUGAUAUAAUACACACCAUUUUCCUGGUAAAUGUAUCCCGUAAACCUGUGUUUUAAUAAAUACUCGUCAUCUACCACAGUCGAGUCAACUCUCGAGCUCUUGUUUGCGCUUUGGUCUGAUUCAAACACAAAACCUGACAUAUGACUGAAACAGCAAAACUUCAGGUUAUGUGACUGUUUUCUAAGGAGCUGUAAAACACAAUUAAUAGAUGAAAAAAGUAAUAAAUAGAAUGAUGAACUGUAUGUGAAAAAUUACCUUACUUGCCAAAACAUCUUU